CUGAUACAGUUCCUAAUAGUCCACCUGGAUGGAGGAGCCAGCAGUGUAUCUGUGCUAGAAAGCAGGUUAAACUUGUUUCCUAAGAGAGAUGCCAUACCAGCACUGGACUCAUGGAGACUGAGCAUUUAUUCAGAAAUCCAUAGAAGCUGCUAUACCCUGCUGCAGAACAUGUCUAACAGUAACACUACUCAGGAGACUCUGGAAAUAAUGAAAGAAUAAGAAAAAAAACAGGUGGAAGAAUCUGUAAACAAAAAUAAAUUUAUAUCCAAAACUCCAAGUAAAGAAGAAGUUGAGAAGGAGGGUGAAGAGAAUGGUCUGCGUCAGGAGACACAGAGACGGACAUCCAGUCAUGGCCAUGCCAGGAAAAGAGCCAGGUCUAAUUCCAAGCUCAAGUUGGUUCGAAGUCUGGCAGUAUGUGAGGAAUGCUCCACUCCAUUUGUCGAUGGGCCACUAGACACCCAGGAUAUAAUUCAACUGCACAUCAGCUGCCCCUCUGAUAAGGAGGAAGAAAAGUCCACAAAAGAUGUCUCUGAAAAAGACGACAAGGACAAAAGCAAAGAAAAGGUCCCAAGGAAGAUGCUAUCCAGAGACUCCAGCCAAGAAUAUACUGACUCCACUGGAAUAGAUCUACAUGAAUUUCUUGUAAAUACACUGAAAAAGAACCCAAGGGACAGAAUGAUGCUGCUAAAGUUAGAGCAAGAGAUUCUGGACUUCAUCAGUGACAACAAUAACCAGUUCAAGAAGUUCCCUCAGAUGACCUCAUAUCACCGGAUGCUAUUACACCGGGUAGCUGCCUAUUUUGGGAUGGACCAUAAUGUUGACCAAACAGGGAAAGCUGUCAUCAUCAACAAAACCAGCAGCACGAGAAUCCCUGAACAGAGGUUCUCAGAACAUAUAAAAGAUGAGAAGAAAAAAAAAAAAGAAGAGAAGAAAACAGAAUUUCAACAGAGAUUCAUUCUCAAGAGAGAUGAUGCCAGUAUGGACCGAGAUGACAACCAGAUGAGAGUGCCAUUGCAGGAUGGAAGGAGGAGCGAGUCAAUAGAAGAGAGAGAGGAGGAAUAUCAAAGGGUCCGAGAGAGAAUAUUUGCCCGAGAGGCUGGCCAGAAUGGAUAUCUAAAUGACAUGAGGGGAAACCGUGAAGGGCUGAGCCGUACCUCAAGCAGCCGACAGAGCAGCACAGACAGCGAACUCAAAUCCCUAGAGCCACGGCCUUGAAGCAGCACAGACUCAGAUGGCUCUGUCCGUAGUAUGCGACCGCCUGUCACCAAAGCCAGCAGCUUCAGUGGUAUCUCCAUCCUCACCCGAAGUGACAACAUCGGCAGCAGUAAAGGUGGCAGUGCAGGCAGGCUCUCCAGGCCAGGCAUGGCACUAGGUGCCCCAGAAGUGUGCAACCAGGUCACCUCACCCCAGUCUGUCCGGGGCCUUCUUCCUUGUACUCAGCAGCAGCAGCAGCAGCAGCAGCAGCAGCAGCAGCAGCAACCUGCCCUCCCACCCGCUCCUCAACAACAGCCACCCUUGAAUAAUCACAUGAUUUCACAGGCAGAAGACCUCAGUAAUCCCUUUGGACAAAUGAGCCUAGCCGGUUCCACUGAAGCAGCUGACCCUGCCUCAGCCUUGUUCCAGUCCCCACUUAUCUCCCAGCAUCCUCAGCAAGCUAGUUUCAUCAUGGCCUCUGCAGGACAGCCCCUUCCUACUUCCAACUAUUCCACUUCUAGCCAUGCACCACCCACCCAGCAAGUCCUGCCACCCCAAGGCUACAUGCAGCCCCCUCAGCAGAUCCAGGUUUCUUACUAUCCUCCUGGACAGUAUCCUAAUUCCAACCAGCAAUAUCGACCUCUGUCUCACCCGGUGGCCUAUAGCCCCCAGCGUGGUCAACAGCUGCCUCAAGCAUCCCAGCAGCCUGGCUUACAGCCCAUGAUGUCUAGCCAGCAGCAGACGGCUUACCAAGGCAUGCUUGGAGUCCAGCAGCCUCAGAACCAGGGCCUACUCAGCAACCAGAGGAGCAACAGCAUGGGAGGCCAGAUGCAGGGCCUGGUGGUUCAAUACACUCCACUGCCUUCUUACCAAGUCCCAGUGGGCAGUGAAUCACAAAAUGUGGUCCAGCCGCCUUUCCAGCAGCCCAUGCUGGUCCCUGCCAGCCAGUCUGUUCAGGGAGGCCUUCCAGCAGGAGGUGUGCCUGUGUACUACAGUGUGAUCCCACCAGCUCAGCAGAAUGGUACGAGCCCUUCUGUGGGGUUUCUGCAACCUCCUGGCUCUGAGCAGUACCAGAUGCCUCAGUCUCCCGCUCCCUGCAGCCCACCACAGAUACCACAGCAGUACUCAGGAGUGUCACCUUCUGGACCAGGUGUGGUGGUCAUGCAACUGAAUGUCCCUAAUGGACCCCAGGCCCCCCAGAAUCCAUCCAUGGUCCAGUGGGGUCACUGCAAAUACUACAGUGUGGACCAGCAUGGUCAGAAGCCUGGAGACCUAUACAGUCCUGAUGGUGACCCCCAGACCAACGCACAAAUGGGCAGCAGCCCUGUCACAUCUCCUACCCAGUCUCCAGCACCCUCUCCUGUCACGAGCCUCAGCAGUGUCUGCACCGGACUCAGUCCCCUGCCUGUCCUCACACCAUUCCCCUGGCCUGGAGGUCCCGCACAGGGUGACGGGCGCUAUUCCCUGUUGGGUCAGCCAUUACAAUACAAUCUGUCCAUCUGCCCUCCCUUGCUCCAUGGCCAGUCAACAUAUACGGUGCACCAGGGACAGAGUGGAUUGAAGCAUGGAAACCGAGGCAAGAGACAAGCACUCAAGUCUGCCUCCACUGACCUGGGGACAGCGGAUGUUGUGCUGGGAAGGGUGCUGGAGGUGACUGAUCUCCCGGAAGGAAUCACCCGCACAGAGGCAGACAAACUCUUCACACAGCUUGCCAUGUCUGGUGCCAAGAUCCAGUGGCUUAAGGAUGCUCAGGGGCUGCCUGCAGGUGGGGGGGACAACAGUGGGACUGUUGAGAAUGGCGCCAUGGACCUCGCUGCCUUGUACACUAUAGUGGCUGGGUUCCCCAGUCCCCUGGCUGCCCACAAUGCCUCCCUUCGCCUCAACAACUCUGUGAGUCGCUUCAAACUUCGAGUAGCUAAAAAGAACUACGACCUGAGGAUCCUGGGAUGAGCUAGCUCUCAACAGCUGGAGGCGGGAGGGCUGGCACAGUAG